AUAUCAUUAAAACGAUCAUCAAAUACAAUUGAUAAGUCUUUAAGUCACUUAUCUAUUUCUCAACCAUCACGAAAAAAAACAAAAGAUGGCCAAUAAUGAAAUUGAACAAAUAACUACAAAUGGAACAUCAGACAAGAAACGUUCAAAAUCUAAAAAAUAAAUUAAUCAUAAUAAUGACUAUUCUUGUAUAUCUGAUUAUUUACAAGUAACCAAUCGUAUAUUUAAACAAAUGUUAAUCAGUUCAUUAGAGGGUGCUGAUAAAAUUGUUAAACGAUUAAAUACAAGUGAAAAAGUAACUAUAUUCGUCAAUGUGCUUAUUUAAUACAUCGUCUAUGCUAUGUACAAUUGCGAGAAAGUCAAUGGAAGUAUUAUUAUGAUAUUGGUAUGCAAGAAAAUAUUUGAUCCGGCCGCGUAUCAAAAAAAUGGGCUGUUUUGGAUAGUAUGCAUCAUAAUUAUGGUUGCUCAAAAACAUUAAUCGCACAACGUCUAACAACUCUUCAACGACAACUUUAAGAAGCAUCACAAGCAUUACAAGUGUUUGGCAAUCCACCAUUACCUCAAUGUCUUUCUGAAAUGAAUCCUCCAUUAGAUUUUACAACAAUGUCAGCAAUGGUUACAGCUGUUGUCGGAAAAGGUCAACAUAAAUUAAGGCAACAAUUUGAAUAUAAUAAAAAAGUUUUAAAAUUAGACUCAACAGAUCAUCGUUUAGUACAAUAUGUUGAUGAUUUGAAACCUAAUAAACAACAAAUUCGCUCUAUUCGUAAUAUAUGA